GGCAACAUUGGACGGCAAGGAUAAAGGAAGGCUAAUUCCAUCCUUCACUGCUUUCGGAUUAGCAAUUGACCCCAUCGCAGGAUUCCUCUUUUGGACUGAGAUGUUUGGAAUUGGAAAAAAAGUCUUGGCAACUAAAAAUGAAAAUAUAUUAUCAAAGAAUAUUUCUAAUCUACCUGUCUCACAUGAUGGCCCUGUAUCUCUAGAUUAUCACAGCAAGAAAGUGUACGCGAUUACUUACUGGGCGGAAAAAGAUAGCGUGAUUGAAAUGGAUUACUAUGGUCGUGGAAAGAACCAAAUUACUCAAGUGUUUGGUAGUUAUAUACAGGAUGUUAUUGGAGGCGUUAUUUACUGGAAAACAGAAAAAUCGAUCGUUAUAAAUAUAAUGAACAUCUCCAGCAAAAAUAAUUUAGGUCAUAUUCGGUUACCAAAAAGCUACAAUGCAAAAAGUCUUCUGGUCGUAGACAAAAAUCGACAGCCAAAAGAUAUCGAUGAAUGUCUGUCAUCACCAUGCAAUCGAAAAGGUUUUGAACGCUCGUGCAAAAACACACCAGGUUCUUUCGUUUGUACUUGCAAGACUGGGACCAUUUUCGAUGGAGUUACAUGCUCAGGAAGAUGCGUAAAGCUUUCAUGUCUCCACGGUUACUGUUCUAACACUAACGGCUCUGAAAUUUGUCAUUGUGAUAAGGGUUUCAAAUACAACGGAUAUGCUUGCACAGAUAUCGAUGAAUGCAUGUCGUCACCAUGCAAUCAAAAAGGUUUUGAACGCUCGUGCAAAAACACACCAGGUUCUUUCAUUUGCACUUGCAAGAGUGGGACUAUUUUCGAUGGAGUUACAUGCUCAGCCAUCUCUGAACUGCAAAUUCGAUUAAAUGAUUCAAGUACUAACAUGAGCGGAAGAGUGGAAAUAUAUCAUCCAACAUUUGGCUGGGGCACAAUCUGUAAUAUAGAAAAUAGAGAAACGGUAUCGUCUGAGGUUGGUGAGGUCAUCUGUCGUCAAUUGGGUUUCGCUGGAGUAGGAAUUAUGAGGCACUUUGGUGAAGGAAGUGGUCCUGUAUUGCUCUCUGAAGUCAGCUGCAUUUAUGGUGAUAAUGAAAUAUAUAUCUGGGAUUGCUCACAUGCUGGAUGGAAUAUGCCUACUUUACCCUGCACACAUGAUCGUGAUGUCGGUGUGGAGUGCUACUGA